UUCAGUUUGCAGGCUGUACCCUCAGUUAGACAAAGAAGAAUGGAAAUUUACAUAAUUCUUGUUGUCUUGUUGUUAGCAUCGUCUGGGUCAUUGGCUCAAUUCAAUCCUAGUUUGACCGUUGAUAGUUGUACAAAGAGCAGUUUGAAGCUGACUUUGAACGAUGCCGCUCAAGAUGGAAUCAUCUAUAUUCAAGGUCAAGGGGCCGCUUGUAAACAGUUGACGGCGACCGGUUCGAACAUCCACGAAUUUAACUUUGGUGCUUGUGGCAUUGCAUGGGAAUCAUCAUUUAAAGUAAUUGUCCAGAAGAAACAACUAUAUCAAACAGGAGACGAUAAACAAAUACCAGUAAUGUGUUUGGCCGACCUGACCGACAUCUCAUUAAGUGGGGAUGUUAACAACUUAGACAAAGAUGACGAUGCCGGGCAAAAUUUAACAGUAAAACCAACCGCUUUUAUGAAGUUAUAUAGCGACGGAGUUGAUGUUACCGGUGGUAACGUAAAACUGACUGAUAUGCUGACCUUAACCAUGGAACUUGAUGCUGAUUAUCUUCAGGAUUUUGAUAUCAAAGCGAAAUACUGCACAGCAUCAACCAUCCCAAUUACAGAAAAUACAUGUGCAACAGAUACAGAACUUUUCCCAGAAUUCUCCAAACCAGCACAAGGAUACUUGUCGGCUACCUUUGGUGCUUUCCGCACAACUGACCUCAAUGGUGGAUCUGUUCCCAUGACGUUUACCUGUAGCUUACAAGUUUGUUUAGGAAGCUGUUCUGUUACCACAUGUUCUAGUGGUUCUAAUGGAUGGGGAAGAAAAAGAAGAGAUGUAAUGGAUGUCAUUGUUUCCGGAAGCCUCCGUCAGAAGAGAGGAGCAGACGACCAAUCACCAUUCGAUGACAUCAACGUCGGUUCAACGCUCAGAAUUAUAGCUAAUGAUGUUGUUAUUGAAGAUGGCGAUGACAAUAGUGAAGUUUGCAUUGAUAAAUGGCCUAUGAUUCUUGGUUUGCUUGCCUUGCUUAUUGCAUUUUUGUCGUCUGCUGGAGCUGUUGUAUACCUCUAUAGAAAAUUGUCAGCAAAAUCACCUAAAUCAACAGAACUUCACGCCUUCAGUGAAAAAUGCGGUUACUGAACCGGAUAAAAAUAAUGACUGUAUUUUUUGUCACGAUUCAAGAAUUAUUUAUUUAUUAAUAAAUCAUAGUAUUCUUAUGUGAUCUCUUAUUAUGAUAGGGAUACAAAUUUUGUCCGAUUGGUCGUAGAUUUUAAACUUUUGAGUAGAAGGUUAGUAAAAACCAUUAACCUUAAAGUUCUGUGAAAUACAUCAGCCAGGAAAGUAACGCUUUAGAGUUUGAAUUCGUGCGGAGAGGGUGGAAAAUACUUUAAGUCGAAGAAAAACAGAACACACCAUGGCAAAUCGAGAAAAAAACGCUGAAACGACAAAAAACAAUCGGCAGUACACUAUGCUGAAGAAUAAAGGUUUGAGACACCUAUAACCAGCGGGGUUAAUUCAGAUGCUCCAGACAGAUGAGCAGUUCCUGGUUCGUCAGUUAC